AUGGGACGAAAGAAGUCUAAACGAAAGCCACCACCCAAGAAGAGGACAGAACCUCUGGACACACAGUUCACGUGCCCCUUCUGCAACCAUGAGAAGUCUUGUGAUGUUAAAAUGAACCAUGCUCGCAAGACUGGAGUCAUCUCCUGUGCUGUGUGCCUAGAGGAGUUCCAGACACGCAUUACAAAUCUGUCAGACCCAGUGGAUGUGUACAGCGAUUGGAUAGACGCCUGCGAGGCAGUUAAUUAG